AUCAAGGAUACACACAACAAUAUCUUUGAGCUGUUUUGCAGAUACUGAAACCCCCUCCAGGUGGGAGAAAUUAAUGAUUAAUGAUGGUAUGCUGCCCACAGGCAGGUAGACCUCAGACCAGUUGGAACCUGAAGGUUGAUGAUGCUGACUCCUACUUACCUCACCACCAACCCUUCAGAAGAAUGUCCACAAGCUGAUCACGGCCUCUUUGAACCAUUACUGUAAAACUUCUCACUAUCCUCUCCAAGAGGGACACAUAGUUUUCAAGGGCAGGAGCACACUGUGUCCCCCUUUGCCUGGCAAAGCAAUAAAGCUGUCCUUUUCUACUUCACCCCAAACUCUGUCUCUAAGAUUUGAUUCGGCACCAGUGUACAGAGAAGCUGAGCUUUCAGCAUCAUUAGGGGUCUGGGACCUGUCACGUGAUGAACCUCCUUGGGUCCAUCCAAACCCCUGCUAUUCACAGGCCUCCCUGAGGAUACAAAAUUACCCUAGAGGAACCAGAAACCAUCUCCAGUUCCUUUCCCCACUUCUCUGGACUCUACUGCUAGCUUCCUGUUCAUCACCUCUGUCCCAGAGUUCAGUUUUGCAAGCCGGGGGUCCUUUUGCAAUUGUUUGAAAAGCAUGUGGGUGAGAGACAGCAGCUCCCUUUCCUUCACUAUCAGAUGAUUUCAGACAAAAUGAGCAGUACAGGCCCAGUUCCUGAUCCUUUGUCUUCCCAAAGAAAACAAACACCUUGGAAUGUAUGUUCCACUAACCAAAAAAACGGAAAGAUGGGAACUCCUCCAUCUAGGAAAGCUCACAGAGUGGCCUUAGCUCCAGCCCAGACAGAGUUAAUUCCCUUCAUAAUAUCUGGGCCUGGGGCAGGAGCUCCAUGCAGCAGACCCAGGGGUAGGACAGGCGCCAUCUCAGAUGCUGAGGUACAUCUAUUUAUCAAGGAGCUGAACCCAGCCCUGGGUUGUCUGGGAUCAGGUUCUCUUUAUGGGGACACUGAAGACCGGUGACUUCCACCAGGCUGAUGUUUUACUGAGCACAAAGGUGGGCUUCAGGCCACCGCAUCAGUAGAGUAGCCCAGAUGGGGAGCCAGGAGCUGGAGAGAGGGCAGCUCCCACUCCAGCCAUCAGGGGGGAGGUAAGCACCUGCCCUUGUGGGACCAGCCCCGUACUGAGCCUGUAGACGAACGAGCCAGGGCAUGUGAUCAGAGGCUGGAUCUGGGCACAGGCAAGGAUGUGCUCAAGGGUCCUUGCCAGGGUUUUGAUUCAGAAACCAAAACUGGAUAAAAAGCAGAUCAGCCUGGAUACCUCUUCUAUGAGCAUUUUGUGCUCCUGCGUUCAGUUCUAGGUCCAGUACUAAGCAGAGCCACAGAUAAGAUUGUCAGCUGAGCUGGGUCCAGGUAUACCUUCCCCUUAAGGAGUCUCAGGUCACACAGUCCUUGCCCUUUGCUCUCUGAUCCAUCUUCCCAGUCAGUGCUUAGCCUUUUUCCUAGGCUGAGCCCUACCCCUUCAAAGAAGACCUUUCUAGCAGUAUAGCUCACCCGUAAGCUGCAAGAGGGCAGACCUCGGAAAAAAGGAUACAGAUAAGCUGGAACUCUGCAGGCUUUUCCCCUCCUCAUCAGUGGCCAGAAAGCCUGUCCCUUAAGUAUCUGAAGCAGGGGGUCCUCCUGCCACUAUCCUUCUCCCCCAGCUGUGGGGGUGGAAUGAGGUAGGAGAGGGGGCAGCUCCAGGUGAGACAGUAAAAGAGCCUCAGACACUGUUGGCUGAGCCUGGGAGGGAGGCAACGCUUUUCAUUCUCCUGUGCCUGCCCUUGGUCCCCACCCCGAUCCAUGGCGGCCCUUUCAGGAGCUUUUAGUGGACAUGAACUCAGACCUGCUGUGGAGUCGGCCAGCCUCCCUCUCCUCCCAGCUCCACCCAUUGCUCUUUCAUCACCUCUUUUGUCUGACUCAGGACCAUCCCUCCCAGGCCCCAUCUGCAAGCAGCCUUCCUCUCCCCACAACAUUCACCUCUCUCACCCCUCCUUCCUUCCAGCCCCAGUCCCCUCCUAUUCCCCUGAACAGGCACCUGCUUUCCUCCUACAAAAGGCAGGAGACAGAGGCUGUGUGAGACCAGCUGCUCUCACACUCCCUUUCCUUUGCCCUCUGCUGGCUAGGCUGGGCUGUGCCUUUGUUCUCUUCCCUCCCAGGUGAGAGUGGGUACCUGAGGUGCCAGGUCUCCUGCCUCAUUCCCCAUGAAUGCUGUGCAAUGUCCCGAGGGGCAGGAGCUACAAAAGCUGGGGAGCGGAGCCUGGGACAACCCCGCCUACAUUGGCGCCCCCUCCCUGCGUGGGACACCAAGGAUCUGUACCAUCUCCAGUGCGGUGCCUCCUCCAUCCCAACCCAAGAAGCCUGAAGAUGCACCCCAGGAGAAGGCACACAAGACCCUGGUGUCCAGUUGCUGCCUUCAGAUCUGUCGUGGCAUCAGAGAACUUUGGGGAACAACCUUGACUGAGAACACAGCUGAGAACCAGGAACUUUAUGUCAAGACCACCCUGCGGGAGCUUUUGGUGUACAUCGUGUUCCUGGUGGACAUUUGUUUCUAGACCUAUGGAAUGACAAGCUCCAGCGCCUAUUACUACACCAAAGUGAGGUCUGAGCUCUUCGUACAUACCCCAUUAGACACUGGAGUCUCCUUCCAGGCCAUCAGCAGCAUGGCCGACUUCUGGGAUUUUGCCCAGGGCCCACUACUGGACAGUUUGUAUUGGACCAAAUGGUACAACAACCAGAGCCUGGGCCGCGGCUCCCACUCCUUCAUCUACUAUGAGAACCUGCUGCUGGGGGCUCCGAGGCUGUGGCAGCUGAGGGUCCGCAAUGACUCCUGAGUGGUGCACGAGGACUUCCACGAGGACAUUCUGAGCUGCCACGACGUCUACACCCCAGACAAAGAAGAACAACUCCCAUUUGGUCUCCUCAGUGGCAUAGCAUAGACCUACCACUCGCAGGAUGAGCUGGGGGGCUCCUCUCACUGGGGCCAGCUCACAAGCUACAGCGGAGGUGGCUACCACCUGGACCUUCCAGGAUCUCGACAGGCUAGUGCAGAGGCACUCAGGGACCUUCAGGAGGGCCUGUGGCUGGACAGGGGCAGUCGGGCGGUCUUCAUUGACUUCUCAGUCUACAACGCCAACAUUAAUCUUUUCUGUGUUUUGAGACUGGUGGUGGAGUUUCCAGCUACAGGAGGUACCAUCCCAUCCUGGCAAAUUGCAGUUAAGCUGAUCCGCUGUGUCGGCAAGUGGGACUUCUUUAUCAUUGGCUGUGAGAUCAUCUUCUGCAUCUUCAUCUUCUACUACAUAGUGGAGGAGAGCCUGGAGCUCCACAUCCACUGGCUUCGUUACCUCAGCAGCAUCUGGAACAUUCUGGACCUGGUGGUCAUCUUGCUCUCCAUCGUGGAUGUGGGCUUCCACAUAUUCCGAACCCUCGAGGUGAAUCGGCUGAUGGGGAAGCUUCUGCAGCAGCCAAACACGUAUGCUGACUUUGAGUUCCUUGCCUUCUGGCAGACACAAUACAACAUGAACGCUGUCAACCUCUUCUUUGCCUGGAUCAAGAUAUUCAAGUACAUCAGCUUCAGUAAGACCAUGACCCAGCUCUCCUCCACGCUGGCCCGCUGUGCCAAGGACAUCCUGGGCUUCGCCGUCAUGUUCUUCAUCGUGUUUUUUGCCUACGCCCAGCUGGGCUACCUGCUUUUUGGGACCCAAGUGGAAAGCUUCAACACUUUCAUCAAGUGCAUUUUCACUCAGUUCCGGAUCAUCCUUGGGGAUUUUGACUACAAUGCUAUCAACAACGCCAACCGCAUCCUGGGACCAGCCUACUUUUUCACCUAUGUCUUCUUCGUCUUCUUUGUGCUCCUCAAUAUGUUUCUGGCCAUCAUCAAUGACACAUACUCAGAGGUCAAAGAGGAGUUGGCUGGACAGAAGGAUGAGCUACAGCUUUCGGACCUCCUGAAACAGGGCUACAACAAGGCCCUCCUGAGGCUGCAUCUGAGGAAGGAGCAGGUUUCAGACGUGCAGAAGGUCCUGCAGGGUGGGGAGCAGAAGAUCCAGUUUGAGGAUUUCACCAACACCUUGAAGGAGCUGGGGCACAUAGAGCAUGAGAUCACUGAGCUCACGGCUGCCUUCACCAGGUUUGACUAAGAUGGGAAUCACAUCCUGGAUGAGAAAGAGCAGGAAGAAAUGCGGCAGGACCUGGAGGAGGAAAGGGUGGCCCUCACCGCUGAGACUGAGAACCUGCACCGGUCCACUGUGAGUAGCCCACCAGGCGAGUCGAGUCCAGAGGCUGCCAAAGCAGGUGGCUGGGUUUCAGGAGAAGAAUUCUACAUGCUCACAAGGAGAGUUGUGCAGCUGGAGACUGUCCUGGAAGGAGUCAUGACCCAGAUGGAUGCCAUGGGCUCAAAGCUGCCGAUGCUGGAGAAGAAAGGGCAGCUGGCUCCCUUUCCAGGCAUGCGGGAACAAGGCAUUUGGGAGCACCUGCAGGCAGCCCCAGCUGUGACUCCAGCCCCCUGGGGACUCCAGGGCGGGCAGGAGAGUGGUGGGGGAGGGAUCCUAAAGCAUCAGACAGCAGGCUCCUCUGUCACCACCUCCCCAUAAGCCCCCUCAGCACACGCCCUCCACUUCUAGAGCAGCGGGUCCCACCACUGCUGCUGCUGAGUCCCGCCCUGUGCCUGGCCUUCUGAGCCAACGUUUCUGUGUGUAACUCUGUGAAAUACUUCCCGCUGGGCCUCUCACUCCCUGUGCUCUGAACUCUGCUGUGAUGAUUUUUUUUAAAGUCAAUAAAAAAAAAUAAAGGGAAGGAGGGUAAUAACUUUCCUAAGCAUCUGGAUAGCCAUGAUUUGUGAAAAAAGUAGAAGCUGAGAGAACAGCAAUAUCUAGAUGUCUUCCUACUUGCCAGUGAACCUUUUCCUCUGUGCAUCUAGAGAUCUACUGCCAGUACCCAUAGGGUUCAUGUCUUCCCUAUAGGGUUUCCCUGUGAAAGAGAAGGGGAAGCCAGAGAGGACACUUUCUCUUCUGGGGAGAGUACAAUGUUGCAGAGGAGUUGCAGUGGUGACCUCCCCUAGCCUUCCCCAGCAAAGUCCAGGAAGAUGGGCUUCCCUGGUGGCGCAGUGGUUGACAGUCUGCCUGCCGAUGCAGGGGACAUGGGUUCGUGCCCCGGUCUGGGAAGAUCCCACAU